AGAGACAGCGGUUAAAAGCAUUUUGCGAAGCCAAAUCUGAGUGACUCGCUGCUCGGAGCAUGAGGUAGAGAACUAAGCCACCAACCGAAUCAACCUGGGUGAUAUUUUCGCGCGGCUCCGGACAGUCGCUCAUUCCAUUCAGAUAAAAGGGCUUGUGUUCCUCUUGUUGUGGUUCACUAUAGCAUAUACCAUCGUGCAAUUCCUGUGACCACUGAGCCCGUGACUGUGAACAAUGGAAGAACUUGACAAGGAACAGAUUGGCAUCCUGAAGAAGGCUUUCGAGGCCUUCGACCAGGAGAAGAAGGGAUGCAUCGGCACAGUGAUGGUGGGCACCAUCCUCGGCAUGUUGGGCCACCAGGUCAGCGACGACGCGCUCAAAGAAAUCAUCGAUGAGGUGGACGUUGACGGCUCUGGUGAGCUGGAGUUCGAGGAGUUCGUGACCCUGGCCUCCAGGUUCAUGGUUGAAGAGGACGCUGAGGCGAUGCAGCAAGAACUUAAAGAGGCAUUCCGGUUAUACGAUAAAGAAGGCAACGGUUACAUCACGACAGACGUCUUAAGAGAAAUCCUCAGAGAGCUGGAUGACAAGAUCAGCGCUGAAGAAUUAGACAUGAUGAUUGAGGAAAUUGACUCUGACGGCUCAGGCACAGUUGACUUCGAUGAAUUCAUGGAAGUCAUGACUGGCGGUGAUGAUUAAGCGACUGAACUCACCACCUGCGGGUUCCGCCUCUCCACAAUGAAGACACAUCAUCUUCAUUUAUGACAUGAAAUCAAAUUCUCAUUUGCCAUGUCACAAAUACCAAACAUUCACACAAUGUGAACCUAAAACAUCUCCAUUUAUUGAAUAAGUUAUUUAUAUUGUAAUAAAUAAUUUUGUUAAUAAAUUAUUCAUAAUA